AUGGAUACUCAACAUCACAAACGUAAAUGUCAAGCAUUAAAACCUGAGGAAGAAAUUUUAAAAAAAACUACUAAUGCUAAACAACGUCAACUACUAAGACAACUAAAGAAAAUGCAACUAUCUCCAACUUACAGAGAAGUAUUAUCAUAUUCAGAAAUAAUUCCAAUUGAAUUAGAUAUUAGAAUAAUGGAUAUUAUUUGUCAAGUAUGUAGAGCUUUUUAUUUUGCAGAAAUUUCAAAUGAAGAAGAUCAAUGUACUCAAUUAGAAAAAAAACUGCCAUUAAAUGUAGAAAUAAUUUUUGACCAUAAUCAGCGAUCAGCUCAAAAGCGGUAUAAUUCACCCCAAGCCAAUAAAGUUGCUGCAAUAGUUAUUGGUUCUAAUAAUGAUCAAUUUUUUCCACAUCAUCUGGUUGUUCAUCCCUGUGCUUCUAAUCCUAAUUUACAAAUUAUACCAGUUAUCAAUGCUAACUGUGACCCUAUGUCUUAUCCUCUUAUAUUUUUAGCUGAAGAUAAAGGAUGGCAUUCUGGAAUAUUGAAUAAACAUGGAAAAAAUGUAUAA